AUGCCGGGCAAAACAACCGCUGCCAGUACUCCGCGCAUCACCAAAUUCACCAACUGCCGCCUCGUCCGGGGCUCCAGUCUGGUUGAACAGGAUCUGUGGAUCGACUCUCUGACCGGCAAGAUCCUCAAGGACCAAGAGGCUUUCUAUGAGCUGCACCUCUCUCCCGAUGAGAUCAUUGAUCUUGGCGGCCGCAUCCUGGCCCCGGGUCUGAUUGACACCCAGCUCAACGGCGCACAGGGUUUCGACUUCUCCGUCCCCUGCGCAUCCAAGAAUGAGUACGAUCAAGGUCUGCGCCUCGUCAACCAGGGUCUGGCUCGCACGGGCGUGACCUCCUACCUGCCCACAAUCGUGAGCUCCACCCCCGAGGUGUACUGGCAGGUCCUCCCCUCCCUCGGCCCCACCGCCGCAACCCACCGUCCCCAAGACGGCGCCGAAUCCCUCGGCGCCCACGUCGAAGGCCCCUUCAUCAACCCCAACCGCAACGGCGUCCACAAACCAGACGUCCUCCGCGCAGCCCAAACCUACGACGACCUCCUCCACUGCUAUGGCGCCUCCAACCUCACCCCACCAUCCCCCCACACCUCCCCCAUCAAAAUGAUCACCGCCGCCCCAGAAGUCGGCAACAUGAUGGCGCAGAUCCCCCACAUCGCAGACUCGGGCAUCAUCUACUCCAUCGGCCACUCGGACGCGACCUAUGAACAGGCGGUGUCAGCAACGCACCAGGGCGCCCGCAUGAUUACCCAUUUGUUCAACGCAAUGCGUCCGUUUUAUCACCGCAACCCGGGCGUGUUUGGGCUUUUGGGCCAGUCGGAGCGUAGACGCCCGUUUUAUGGCGUCAUUGCGGAUGGGAUUCAUUUGCAUCCGACUUCGAUUAAGAUUGCGUAUAAUGCGUAUCCGGAUGGGUUGGUGCUUGUCACUGAUGCGAUGCGGUUGUGUGGUUUGCCGGAUGGCGUUUAUGAGUGGACGAAUGGGGAGCGCAUUGUCAAGACUGGGGCGCGGUUGACGCUGGAGGGGUCUGAUAAGAUUGCUGGUUCUUCGGCGACGCUCAUUGAGUGUGUGAAUAAUUUCCGCCGUUGGUCCGGGGCUAGUACCGCGGAUGCGAUUAAUGCUGCUACCGCUGUGCCGGCUCGCUUGUUGGGAUUGGAGAAGGUGAAGGGGUGUUUGGAUGCGGGUGCUGAUGCGGAUCUGGUGGUGUUGGGCGAGUCGGAUGAUCCGUACUCGGGGCCUACGUUGACGGUUGAUCAGGUGUGGAAGCUGGGUGUGAAGAUUCAUGAUGCUGAUAAGACGGCUGCGGUGGCUGUCUAG